UUUAUUGACCUGUGAAAAAUCACCCUUCAAGGUAGAACGUCAUAGUGUAAACAUUUAUAGGAUAAUUGGAGUGAAGUUUAAACCCAGGUAAAGAUUAAUUUAUAAAAUGGUGACGGAAGGGAGUCUUUAAUAACAAUAUGUACACAAGGCUUGGAUAUGCGUUAUUAGCAGUUUCUUUUCUGUUAUGGAAAUUGGAUAUAGGUAUUCUGUGGUCUGGCUUGUGCUUAAUUGGUGCUUGCGUUCUAUUUCUACCUGAAAAGGGAAGAUAUGUUUCACCCGCUAACAAGAUUGUUAUUAUUACAGGUUGUGAUAGUGGAUUUGGAAAUAAACUUGCCAGACGUCUGGAUGCCAAAGGGUUCAUAGUAUUUGCUGGAUGUUUAGCCCCAGACAGAGAAGGGGCCCGUGACCUGAAAGAGGCCUGCUCUGACAGAUUAAACAUCGUGCAUCUAGAUGUCACAGAUGAUUGGAAAGUUAGAGAAAUGAUCGCUGCAGUAAAACAAAAGAUGAAUGGCAAUGUUCUGUGGGCAGUAGUAAAUAACGCUGGCAUUGCAGUUUUUCAAGAAAUAGAAUGGUGUGCUGUAGAACAGUUUCAACAACUACUAGAUGUAAACGUUUUGGGCGUUGUUAGAGUAACUAAAGCUACUCUACCUCUACUGAGAGAGGGAGGAGGAAGAGUAAUUAACGUUGCAAGUCUGGCAGGCCGAUUCACUGUCCCAGCAUUUGCUGCAUAUUCAAUGUCUAAAAAGGCUUGUAUUGCAUUUUCUGAUGGAUUGAGACAAGAAAUGGCAAAGUUUGGAGUACGUGUCAUUACUGUAGAACCCGGAUUAUACAAAACUCCGAUAGCAUCAGAAGAAUAUCUUAUCACGCAAAAUAGGAAAUCCUGGGCAGAGACACCAUCCGAGAUAAAAGAUGUGUAUGGGGAAGAAUAUUUUGAAUCGUUUUUAGAGACAAUAUCAAAACAGAUGAAGCGUGCUAGGAGUAAUGUUGAGGAGGUGAUCGACCAGAUGGUAGAAGCCGUCACUAGAGAGAAUCCGAAAUGUAGAUAUGUACCUCACUGGCUUACAUAUAUUCGAGCGACGGUGCUGAUGUACUUACCGCAAAGUGUCACUGAUGCUUUCUUUAGAAAGACUUACAAAGUUAAAGGACCAGUUCACGUAAAGAAACAAUGAUUUGAAAAAUUUGGUCGCUAGUGUAUAUCCAAUACUGGUGAACGUAAACGUAUGUAGUAAAGAUACGGAAUAGAAAUGCUAAAGAGGUGUUUUCUCCGGAUUCGGAAGUCGUUCUUUUUUCCUCACGCUAUAGUGAAUUCUUUAAGCUGACUGAUUAGGUUACUAGUGUACGAUUAACCUAUAUUUAGGUUACAGUACACACAAGGUGAUUCAGGAAAAAUGACUCAGUCUGAUUUGCCAAUGAUUUUUCACGAUUAUUCUCUGUAUAUAUUUAAUAGAAAAUUACAGGACAGAACGGAAUGAGAUUCAUUCGCAGACAACAUGUCGUAAAUUAGCAUGUUAUCCUCCCGAAUCAUUUUUCUAAGCCUUGGAUCAUGUGUCACUGCCUCAUAGUAGUCGGACUACUGACGUGGAGAAGAGGUUUGGUCAGGAGCUUUCUUAGCCUGGGAUCCUGUCUCACUGCCCCACAGUAGACGGACUACUGACGUGGAGAAGAGGUUUGGUCAGGAACUUCCUUAGCAUGGGAUCCUGUCUCACUGCCCCACAGUAAACGGACUACUGACGUGGAGAAGAGGUUUGGUCAGGAGCACAUGCUUACUAAUAUUGACGAUGCAUUAGCUACACGUUCGACGUAAGAAAGAGUUACUUUUUCACCACCUUGUGUGUAAUGUAAACCAUCCUUUAAAACAGCUCAAUUUAACUAACAUUUACCAAUAAAAAGUCGACAACAUUGUCAAUUUUAUUAUUUUGUAAUUUUUUAUUAAAUUUAUCUUUUUAUAGUCUAUUUAACUAGGCUUCGUUGUGAUUUUAGGCUUGAAAACGGAAGGCCAUAUUUCAAAAUGUUUUGUUUUUGUUACAGGGCAAGACUACCGGUAUUGAAAGUGAUUAUCUUUGUUUUUUCAUUGUCGUUUUUUGUUGUUGAAAAUUUGGCUAAAUUGUUUUACUGAUAAGUUGUCGUCUUUGUCCAAUUUUUUGAUAAUUUACUUGUCUAGUCUCAGGGAGAUUUUGGACUUGUCACACGAUGUUGGCGAUUGUCCAUUGUGGACGAUCGUAUUGUGACCUGUAUAUAUUUACUAUUUUUUUUAUUUUUCUUAAUGUGUUUUGUUUUUUUCGUUGUGAUUUUUACUUUUAUAAAUAUUUGUAAAUGUCCAUUUCACAAUGUUUUGCAUAAUUCAGUGUUCAGACUUCAUCUAUGAACAAUUUCUAUAAAAUCUGUUUUAUAAUAUGCUGUUAAAACUUUAGAUAUACAGCGCUUAGAAAUUCCUUUCAUCUCCUUCCUUGACAUUCUUAAAAGUCUUGACUAGUAUAUUCAGUGAAAAUAAAGUUAUGAAAGACGGUGCAUGUUAACAAAAAACGUUUGUAUUUAAAAUCAAUAUUUUAUAUUAUGUAGUCUUAUUUUUUUUUCUCUCUCUAUCACAUCAGACGCCCUUGUCACUCUCUAUCACAUCAGACGCCCUUGUCACUCUCUAUCACAUCAGACGCCCUUGUCAAUGAUAAAUUUGAAUAAUGAUUGUUGAUGGUAUAUAAUGACACAUAACAGAUAAUCUGAAAUAUCCCGCAAAACUAUGGUAAUAACAUAAAGAAGUUGUGUUCUAUACAAUUAACUUGUCCACUCUCCGUAGUGCUAUGGGCUUUUUGAUAAAUGGAGCAACACAUGACAUUAGAUCAGGUGUUGAUGAAAAGAUUUGUCUUUAUUUUCAUUUUUCAUAAUUAUAUAGUUUUUUAUAUGUUUAUAAAUAUUAUUUUCAAAUUCUAGAGCUUUAUUUUUAGACAGGUGGAAAAAGAAGUGUACUCCAUCCUCAUUACAUGCAAACUACAAUAUAGGCAGGUGCUGUUUUCUCCUUGAUUUUUUAUAAAUGCCCUCUACAAUUUAGAAGAAAAUCACUACGCUUCAUAGAUUGCAAAGAUUUCUUUUUUCAAAUCUUGUUUCGGAUAAUCUUAUAAUUAGUUUUAAUUUUUCUAUCUUAUUAAAGAUCUUAUUUAUGAUCUGCAACCGAAUUCAAUUCAGAAAAAAAACUUUUCUCAUGAUUGCAUUAAAUUUGUUUUUAAAAGCCGUGUACAUGUAUUACAUUUUCAGCAUUAGCCCGGUGGACAAAGUCUUGCUUUGACAGUCAAUUAUAAAUUAUGAAUAAGAAUUCAAAGGUAUUUAAAGUUAUAAAUCAUGACAAUUAAAGUUAAAUUGAGAUUUGUUGUUAUUUUUUUUUAAAAGCAUAUACAUUGUUAUUAGUUGUCAAUAUAUCAAAGACAAAUUUCAUUUUAAUUGUUCAAAGCUUUAAAUAGUCCUUGUCUUGGCUAAUAUGUUUUUAAUGCUUUAAGAAAAGUAUUUUCACAAAGGAAUAUUUCAAUCCAUUAAGGAUUACAAAAUGUAUCGUUUAUAAAUUCUGCUUGUUUUUAUUCAUAUUUCAUAAAAUUGUAAUAAUAUUUGUCAUUUUUCGAAAUAUUCAAAUGUGUAUUGGUGUUUUGGCUAAUAUUCGAGGUUGUUUUGAAUAUAUACGAUCGGCAAAGGGAUGCACCUAUCACAAAUAUUCUUCUUUUCUAAAUUCAACAAUUUUAACCACUUUUAAAUUCUCUUAAUGUCUUGUUCGUUCCCCUGCUUUAACCCUUUCCACAGUUCUCCAAUUAUUUCCAUCUCCCCCAUAUAUUUUCGUGGGACCGGUCCAGUCACAGUUGGAAUUUUUAUACAUGUUCGUGACAGGUGUUCUUACGUGUAUCUUUUGUUAUAUGAUUAUUAAAAUUUGUAUGGCGACAAAUUUAUAUUCUGUACCGAUCAGUACAAUGGCUUGAAUAUUUAAUUACAUAUAUACAACCAAUAUAUAAUUGUAUUUUGUUAUAUAAUUCAAUCUAUUCUUACGUAUUAUUAUAGUAUUUAUUAUGUAAGAUUCACUAUACAAUAAGGCACUGGAAACCAGAUAAUGCAUUUUGUUUCUUAUUUGUAAAAUUCAUUAAAAUGAAUACAAUAAACACGACAUAACUUUG